AUGUCUAGUCAAUAUCCAACAAGUACAACAGUUUUACGCUCUAGUCCUUCACGCAGAAAAUGGUUUAUUGAUUUACAAAUUCGUAAACAUGAACGCUUAGCUGUUACAACUAAUGAAAAUAAUUUAAUAACGACAAUCACAAAUAAUAAUAAACUUUUAUUAUCACCAAUUGGUUACAGUGAACAACGAGUAUCAGAUUCAAUCAUACAAGAAGAUGAUGAACGUUUAUUAGCAAAACGUUCAUGGGAUAUUGCAUUACAACCAAUAAAACAAUUACCAAUGAAUAUUAUUUUAGCAUGGAUGGCUGGAAAUACAUUUUCACUUAUGUCAAUUAUGAUUGUUGUUAUGUUAUUUAUGAAACCUAUACAAGCAAUAUUUUCACUUAGCUCAGCAUUUUCAUCAUUAGAACAAGAAGGGCUAGUUGGAAAUAUAUGGUUACAUAAAAUAAUGUAUUUUUUGGGUAAUCUUACACAUUUAGCAUUAGCUUUAUAUAAAUGUCAAUCAAUGGGUUUAUUACCAACAUAUAAUUCAGAUUGGAUUGCAUUUGCUGAUCAACAAACUCAAAUGGAAAUGACAUUUGGAGGAAUUACUUAUUCUUAA